CCGAUCCCCAAAAACAUAUACAAAUCCUCUUUUUCUUCAUCCUUUUCUUUUGUUCACAAUGGGCAGAAGAAAAGUAACACACCAAUUGAUUGCUGACAACUCCACUCGUCGAGUUACGUUCAGAAAACGCAAAGAUGGUUUAUUGAAGAAGCUCAAAGAAUUGACCAUUCUAUGUGGUUUACGAGCUUGCGCCAUCAUCUACAGUGAUUACAAGGAAGGUCCUGAGCUCUGGCCAAAUCAUAAGGAGGUUCGUGUUCUUCUAAACCGGUUAAGCGCACUCCCGGUAGAGAAACAGACCAAAUACAUGAUGGACCAGAAGGAUCUGAUGAACAGGAUGAUCCAAGACGCAGAGAAGAAGUUGGAGAAAGAGCAGAUGCAUAGCCGUGCGAUGGAACUUGGGAUGAUCGCUUCGUUUAAGGAUAUGAGAGAUGCUGAUUAUUCGGAGGAGCUGGUCAAAGCAGCUGAUGUGGUUGAGAAGAGGAUCAAUGUCAUCAGAGAGAGAAUCAAGGCUGUAGAAUCAGGAGCAGCCUUAGUCAAGAAAGAAUAAUUAAAUAACCUAAUUUAUAUCUUUUUAUUUUCAUGGAGUUAAUUGUUCAAAAAAAACAAACAUGGUUAGGAUUAAAAUGUGUUGAAUGUUCUAUUUUAUGAUUUGUUUUUAAAGUCUAAGAGAAUGGUAUAAAUCUUUUUGGCCUUCUUGGUAUGUCAAUCGCUUAGAUUGGCCUUCUUGAUCUGUUUUAUGUCAAAUGCAUAUUCGGUUUAUGACCAGAUUUGGUUUAUAUUUAGGAGGAUUUUCUUCCUUUUAUG